UUAGUAAACCAUUAGAACAUAACUGUCAACGAUGAUCACAGCACUGUCUAACUGUCAAAACGUCCAUUCUUCCUUUCCGGUUUUAUUCCGAACAGAAUAACCACCAAAAAUUUACAAUGGGUCGGUACACUGAACCAGAGAAUGCCACAAAAUCAUGCAAGUCGCGCGGUUCCCAUUUGCGUGUUCAUUUCAAGAACACACAUGAAACAGCCCAGGCUAUCAAACAUAUGCCACUGCGACGCGCUCAACGUUACUUGAAAAGCGUCACCGAAAAGAAAGAAUGUGUCCCAUUCCGUCGUUUCAACGGUGGUGUUGGCCGAUGCGCCCAGGCAAAACAAUUUGGAACAACGCAAGGACGUUGGCCGAAGAAAUCGGCUGAAUUCCUAUUGCAAUUGCUGCGAAACGCUGAAUCCAACGCCGACUACAAGGGAUUGGACGUUGAUCGUUUGGUCAUUGAUCAUAUUCAGGUUAACAGAGCUCCAUGUUUACGUCGUCGUACGUAUCGCGCUCACGGUCGUAUCAAUCCGUAUAUGUCAUCGCCGUGUCAUAUCGAAGUGAUUUUGACCGAAAAGGAGGAAGUCGUUGCCAAAGUAGCUGAUGACGAACCAUCCAAAAAGAAAUUGUCGAAAAAGAAGCUGCAACGACAGAAAGAGAAGAUGAUGAGAAGCGAAUAGAAAAACAGUUUGUGUCGACUUAUAAUGGUUGAAGAACACUUUGGAUUUCCAAUAUAAUUUUUAACAAACUGA